AUGUUUGAAGAUGUGACUCACAACAUCUCACAAAACCUUGAGGCAAGGAAGCUUUAUGAGCAGGUGGUGUCCAGCCACCCAAGUAGUGCUGAAGCUCACCUUCGACUGGCAGAGUUUGCACAGGAGGCGGAUGAUGCCCAGGAAGCCUACCGCAUAGCGCUGCAGGCUGUGAAGGUGGCCCCUCGCGAUGCGGCAGCGCAUCUCUCUUUGGGCCAUGCAAGCUCAAAGUUGGGAAGGGCUGAUGAAGCUGUUCGAGCAUUGGAACAGGUUGCAGUGCUCCAGCCCAGCGCUCUCGAUGUCCCUGCAAUGAUUGCCCUAGCUGAAUCCUACAAAAAAGCUGGACGAGAACAGGAGGCCAUACGGUACUACAAGCGCGUGUUGGACUCCCGACCUGAUGACUACGAAUGUACCUUGAGCCUCGCGCAGCUGCAUGCAGAUCGAGGGCCGGGCGGUGCAAGCCAGGCGGUGCACUACUUUCGCACUGCCCUGAAGUGUCGGCCCACUACAGUGGAUGCUCGCAGUAUCUAUUUGCAGAUGGCCACGGUGCAAUGUGCAAUCAGCGCAUGGAAGGAUGCAAAGGCCACUCUCGAGGGCGCUGUGCAUGAACUUCCAGAAGAUGCCGAGAUGUGGCAGAAGCUGCUGAGCAUAUGCGAACAGCUGAAAGACUCAAAAGGGCAGCACCACUGCCAUCGGCGGCUGGUUCAGCUUGGUGCCACCACAGCAGCAUCUCAGAUCAUGUAUGCCUCCUUGCUAAUGUCGGAAGAUCGAUUGCGAGAAGCAAAGGAGUUGCUGAAUCAGGUCAUCAAGGCGGAGCCCAAAAAUGCAGCUGCACUCUUGAAGUUGGCUCAGUGUCUCAAACAGGACGGAUCUCGUGAUGGGAACCUUGAAGAAGCUUUGCGGCUCUUUGAGCAGGUGUUGCAGCUCUCUCCAAACAACCUAGAGGCAUUGGAGGGAGCAGCUUACUGCAACAGAAAGAGCAACAAGUUGGAUCAGGCUGUUCAGCUCUACCAGCAGUGCCUGAAGGUGAACGCUUCUGCUGAAAGUCCAUUGUACUACCUUGGAGACAUCCUUUACCGGCAACAUCGACAUGCAGAAUGCCAAGCCUACCUGUCCAGGCUAGUCGCGAGCAAUUGUGGAGAGGACUACAAGACGGGGGCUUUGUACCUCCUGGCCAAGUCGCAUAUUUCGCUGGAUGAACACGAAGAGGCAGAAAAGCAAGCGCGCAGUGGGCUGACAUUGAAGCCGAACCAUCCGCACUUCCUCUUCAUCUUGGCCUUGGUCAAGAACCGCAUGGGAGACUUUGACGCUUCCAUUACCACCUUGAAAAAGGCUUUCCAGCACCUGGGAGUCGACAGCGACAACUUGAAGGUUGAGAUCCACGAUUGGCUCGCGCAGGCGUACGAGCGGAAAGGUGAGUACACCAACGCCUCAGCAGAGCUUGCAAUGGCUCUGAAGCAAGACCCGUCACACGUUUCUUCGUUGAUCACUCAGGGGGUCAUCCACAUGCAGCUGAAAAAGCUGGAAGAGGCAGAAACGUCCUUCAGACGAGCUCUUGCAAUCGUCAAGAACCAUGCCUUGGCCUUGGUGCGACUGGGCUACUGCAAACUGCUGUGCGCCGAUUCGCAGGAGGCCAUCCUGUUGUUUCAACGUGCCCUUCAGCAGCGCUGUGGCACUGUGGCUCUACCCCGCUCUGUGAAAGGCUGCGCCAGGAUCUAUAUGGCACUGGCGCUCAUGGGCAAACAGGACCCAGAUGGGGCCCUGCACCAGAUCGCUGAAGCGCGCAAGAGUCACAGGAACUUCGACCAACUCUGCUCAUUCGGGAAAGACAGCAUCGUGAAAGGCCAAUGUGAUGACCUGGUGGACAAGCUCAAAUCCGUUCCUGACUUGGACAUCACAUUGGCACAGGCAUGGCAGCUGGUUGAACUCCUGGCCAAGGAGGUCGAAGUGGGGCUUGGUGAUCGAGGUAAGACGCCCACAGCAGGUUCAACUGAGUCGCCGAGUGGUGAGUCCCAGCUUCAGAGCCAGGCACAGGGGGCCACUCCGGAGCGUCGAGCCUGGGUAGCGACACCUACGCCUUCCACAGCUACGCCUUCCAGUGAGCGACGGCAAUGGACCUCUCCUUCACCAGCGACACCGGCGGCGGCGCCACCUGCCGUGCCUAAGGCAGAGGCAGCCGAUAAAGGCAAGAAGUUGUUGCUUCACAAGCACGAGAUGAUAGAUUUCAACCAGUUGGUCCAAAGGGACUGCUUGGGUUCCGGCGGCUUUGGAGCGGUCUAUCGCGGCUAUUUGGGCAGCCGGGAGGUUGCAAUCAAGAAGCUAUUUUGUGAAGAUGGAGGCAACAUCUCUCCUUUGCAACUCGAAGAGCUGGAAAAGGAGGUUGCCGCCCUUCGUAGCUUGAAUCACCCUCGCCUUGUGAGCUUCAUUGGGGCGUGCUUGCAACCUCCAAAUAUUUGUAUUGUCACUGAGUUUAUGGCCGGCGGUUCUUUGCACCACUUGCUGCACAAGGCAAGGACUCCUUUGACGCUGGGGACGCAGUCCAAGAUGGCUCUCCAGGUUUGUGAAGGCGUCGAUUUUCUCCAUGGCCAUUCCCCACCCGUGGUGCAUCGAGACUUGAAGUCGCUGAACAUUGUGCUGGAUCGCAUCUACAAUGCUAAGAUUUGCGACUUUGGCUUGACGCAGUCGAUGGAAAAGACGCACAUCACCUUGAAGGAGGGUGGCAAUGGAGGUUCCCCGCGCUACAUGGCGCCGGAGUGCUACGACUGCAAAGGCAAAAUCACCGAGAAGGUUGAUGUUUGGGCUCUUGGCUGUAUCCUUGUUGAAUGCUUUGGCGGACCGUUGCCAUAUGACGACUGCCAGAACAUCCAGCAAAUCGUUGCAAAGGUCCUGAUCGACAAGGAGCUGCCUUACAUUCCCAAUCAUCUUCCCUCCGGCGUGCGGCCGAUUGUGGAAGAUUGCUUUCAGUUUGAUUCCAAGCAGCGCGCAUCAGCACAGAACGUCUACGCGCGCAUACAGCUGGUCGGACUUCCUUCAGGAUAG